CUGCUACUGCUACCGCGGCGGCUGCACCCCGGCGCCGAGGCCGAGGCAGAGGCUGGGCUGCGCGCUUGGAGAACGUGCUGGCUCCGUGCCUCUCGUCUGCAUUAGCCCCUGCGGCUGCCUGAGCGUCUCGGCUGGUGUGUGCACUGCCCCGGCGACGAUGCGGCUGUUCCGGUGGCUGCUAAAGCAGCCGGUGCCCAAGCAGAUUGAGCGCUACUCGCGCUUCUCACCAUCGCCGCUCUCCAUCAAGCAGUUCCUGGACUUCGGGAGAGAUAAUGCGUGUGAGAAAACUUCAUACAUGUUUCUACGGAAGGAACUUCCUGUGCGCCUGGCUAACACCAUGAGAGAAGUUAAUCUUCUGCCAGAUAAUUUGCUUAACCGCCCUUCGGUUGGAUUGGUCCAGAGUUGGUAUAUGCAGAGCUUCCUUGAACUUUUAGAGUAUGAAAAUAAGAGCCCUGAGGAUCCAAAGGUCUUAGAUAACUUUCUACAAGUUCUGGUUAAAGUCAGAAAUAGACACAAUGAUGUGGUUCCUACAAUGGCACAAGGAGUGAUUGAGUACAAGGAGAAGUUUGGGUUCGAUCCGUUCAUUAGCAGUAACAUCCAGUAUUUUCUGGAUCGCUUCUAUACCAACCGCAUCUCCUUCCGCAUGCUUAUUAACCAACACACACUUCUGUUUGGUGGUGACAUUAACCCUGCUCAUCCUAAACACAUUGGAAGUAUUGAUCCCACCUGCAAUGUGGCUGAUGUCGUGAAAGAUGCAUAUGAAACUGCCAAGAUGCUGUGUGAACAGUAUUACAUGGUAGCUCCAGAGUUGGAAAUUGAAGAAUUCAAUGCCAAAGCUCCAGGCAAACCUAUUCAGGUAGUUUAUGUGCCCUCCCAUCUGUUUCACAUGCUAUUUGAGUUGUUCAAGAACUCAAUGAGAGCAACAGUUGAACUCUAUGAAGAUAGAAAAGAGGCCUACCCAUCUGUUAAAACCCUUGUCACUCUGGGUAAAGAAGACUUGUCCAUUAAGAUCAGCGACCUAGGUGGUGGCGUCCCCCUUAGAAAAAUAGAUCGUCUUUUUAACUACAUGUAUUCAACUGCUCCUAGACCAAGCCUGGAGCCUACAAGAGCUGCGCCUCUGGCUGGAUUUGGUUAUGGCUUGCCAAUCUCUCGUCUGUAUGCCAGAUAUUUCCAAGGAGAUCUAAAACUGUAUUCUAUGGAAGGAGUGGGUACAGAUGCUGUAAUUUAUUUGAAGGCUCUUUCAAGUGAAUCAUUUGAGAGGCUUCCGGUGUUCAACAAGUCAGCGUGGCGUCAUUACAAGACCACGCCUGAAGCCGAUGACUGGAGCAAUCCCAGCAGAGAGCCCAGGGACGCUUCAAAAUACAAGGCAAAACAAGACAAGAUCAAGACUAAUAGAACUUUCUAGAGAACUGAAUGCUUUGGUCCUCUCUGUGAAGAAAGAUCAUCUUGCGCAAGUCAACCUCUGAGCUCCUUUCCUCUACCAACUCUGAGUGCGACGCCGACACCACAGUUCCUCCAGUGCUGGACCUUUCCCAGAGAAACGUUCAUGUAGCUACUUCAGCUCUUCCCACCAAAGUAGUAAAUCGAGUAAUUUUUCAUCGUAUGUUGUGAUUUGCUUGGUGCCUGUCGUAAGAGAGCACGCAGCCUCACGGGCACCCUCGUUUCCUCACACAUUUAUCCUCAUUAUCGUAGCGUUGAGUGUCUCCAGUGUCCCCAGGGUUCCAAGCUCUCUCCCCAUUCCAGACACAGCAGGUCUCUACUGUUGCACUUUGUGACCAAAUACCAUGUUUGUCCCAAGCCACCGACUCAGGCCUGGGGAGCCUGGAACUGAAGACAUCAGUGGAACACAUCUCGCUAAUUCAGUCCCAGAGCCCUUCCUCUGUCACAUGCGCCCCUCCCUCCACACCCUCUGACCGAGAGUUUUGCCUUCUGCCAUCUGAUCUUAUUCUCAUCGUGAGGUGUGUGUACUUUCACGCUAGUCUUCAAAGCAUCGGCUUGAUUUGAAAACUCACGUGUGUACUUCUAUUCUGUCCAUUAAACCGUUCCAAAAGUUGUCUUGGAAUUUUUCACUUAACUGCUUGGUUUCAAAGAUCUUAAGUGAAAAACUACCUUCUGGUCACCGUCGAGUUUGUAAAGAGUGGGAAGUGGAGCUUUUUUGCUUAUGUACACGUUGUGCUAAUCUAAUACUG